CUAAAAUAACUAGAUUCUUGGUAUUCCAUGUUUUAUAAGGAGAUAAAAGAAUAAUAUAACACUUAAAGAAUGAUCGUAAUUCUCCUAGAAUUUUCUUAAAAUCUCAAGUCGUGGCUAGUAAACCCAGCAGAAGACCACGAUCCCCACCUGAUGAGAUAAGUCCCCAGUUCAUCCAAUUCCUGCAGUUCCUCCCACCUCCCUCAACUCUCCUCUUUCUUCGAUUAUGGUUGCUAUAAAAACAUUUUCUAAAAUUAGAUCUUCUGAUUUUGAUUUUCUGAAAUUAGGGUUUUUUUAAGUAGUAAUUCUAUAUGUAUGAAUCAACCUAAUUUCAUUCCAGCUUCAGUUUUUUUACUGCUGUAGAAUUUAUAUCUUCUUUAAUUUGAACCGUUUUAUGAUAUCGGGUCAGAUUUGGAAGAAGGAAAUCCAUCAAUUUCUUCAUUCUCUGCAAGACAUCAUCGAUUUUAUCUGCACAAGCUGGUUGUUGGCUUAAAUAUCAGGAGUUUAUGAUAAUUGGUUUUCUGUUUGGGAUUCUCCCUCUAUAAAAAAAGGAAAAAACAUGGACAAGUGUACUAUUUGCGGGGCUUUAAGGUGGAAGAUAGUGAGACAUAAAUAGUGCACUUGCCACAGUUACUUGUUCUUUGGUUCUCAAGCUUGUGAAAUAUCACAGAGCACUUUCCUUGGUCUUCUUGGAGUUCACUCAUUCUUCUAAGUGGUUGUUGCUGUUGUUACUUUGCUGCUGUACGUUCAAGGUUCACCUUGGCUACAUUGCUCGCUGACUUCUUUAUAUCUUCUCCUUCUCUAGAGUAUGAGGAAAGUUCUUGCAGGAAAUAUGGAUGAAAACCCACAACCUCCGGCAGUAAAGAAAGUAAGAGGAGGGGCUAAGUUGAACUUCCUUAAUAAGCUGAAAAAGGGUGAGAAAGUAUCACUGGAAUUUUGCCGGGGCGCACCAGUUGGACUGAACGCAAAUAAGAUCUCGGCUUACUGUGGAAAGCUGGCACUAAAUGGAGAAAACUACCCUUUUGACAUUCCAGACUGGUCUGGUAUGCCCCAUAAGGAAGAAAAGCUUGAAGAAGCCAUUGAAGAGUUGAAGAAUAUUUUUCAUUAUUCUGAUGAGAUCAACUUUUGGGUGGAGGAGAAAAUCCAUGAAAAAUGGAAGGCAAGCAAACGUAACAUGAGGUUGGAACAUUUCGAUGAGAAGAAGACUGAUGCACAAAACCGAGCUAGUUGUCCAGACAAAACUCAGUGGGCAAAUAUGUUGAUAUAUUGGCGUUCACCUGAAUUCAAGAAAAAGAGUGAGAAUGGCAAAGCAAGUAGAAAGUGUUUGGUUGUGCCUCAUCAUGGUGGUAUUAAGUCAUUCGUGAACCACGCGAUAGAGAUAGAAGAGACAACACAAAAGAAAGCAAGUCGAGCGGCUGUGUAUCAGAAAACCUAUAGAGUCAAAGAAGGGAAAACUCCCAACCCUAUAUCUGAAGCAAAUCGCGCUCAAGUGGAAGCCUUGGAGAGGAAAAAUUUAGAAGAGAAUGGUUCAGAUAAUGAUGUUUCAAUCUUAGAACUCACUUCUCAUGACCAGCUGAAAGGAGACAAGUAUUCUAAAAUCAUGGGAGCUGAGAAACCAGGUCGGAUUCGUGGUGUUGGUUCAGCAAUUAAAGUAACCAAGCUUAUAGGGGAAUCUUCUUCAAUUGUUGUCCAAAACAACGAGGAAAAUGCUGUAUUAAGAGAUGAAAUUAAGAAACUGAAGGAGGAUCAGGUUCAUAUGCAGAACGACAUGGAAAGAACGUCUUGAGAUGAAGAAAACUGUAGAUGAGAUAAAAAAGGCUAACGAGGAAUCAUAGAAAAAAAUAGAUGCCAUUUUGCUACUGUUUGCUGGUCGGAGGGACCUCCCACAUCCAGAGCCAUAGAGUUAUGAUCUUACUAGACGAAUCUGAGGUUAAUUUCAUUGAAAGAUAUUAUGUUCAAGAUGCUGGAAGAUAUUUGAUAGUUAACUUUGGAAGUAAGAAAUCCAUCUGUGAUAAUUUAAGUAUUUUGUUUUCAUUCACUUUAGAGUUUUCCUGAAACUUGAAUCAGGCUCUAUUUGCUUUCUUAUAUCAGACCAAAAAUCGUAUAGUAUUAAGUUUUUAUUUGCUUUGGAACGUAAUGAAUCAGAGAAACAUGUAGAACUUGUGUUUUUUAACGAAUACAUUGACUUUCUGAAAUUGUUGUAAAGUAAAUAGUCUUGU